AUGGCGGACCAGGGUCUUGCCCCCUCGGACCCGUCACCUCGGCUCUGGGAAACCAUCGACAACACCCUCCUCGAGGAGAUAUACACCGCAGACCAGGCCAUCUACCCAGCACCCCUCCUGACAUUCCAGCGCCUCAAGAGCUGGGCCGACGCCUGCCCCGACCUGUGCAUCAGCCUGCACGGCCGUGAUCCCGCACCUACCGGGCCCGCCGUGCAGGGCGUGAUCAUCGUGCUCCCUCUGGGCGAGUCGUCCUGGGGGCGUCUCGUCGCGGGCGAGCUGAGGGAGCACGAUGUCGAACCGGCCGGCAUGUUCCCCCCUCCUCGCCCUGUGGGUGGUCACCCGGAGCAGGUGAAGGUCGGGCUGCACAUAUUCCACAUCGAGAGGUAUGCUGCACCUCCUGCGAGGAACGGUGGCGGGCGGACGCCCGGGUUCACCCAGGGCGCGCUGGAGGAGGUCCGGUCCCGUGUCCGGGAGAGGUUCCCAUCGUGGAUUGUUGUGGGAUACUCUGCCCUGACGGCCACGCCGCAGGGAAACAGGGCUUUCAAGCGGGCCGGUUUCACAUCCAGAUACAUCGAGACCAAGGCUGAUGGCGACGAGGCCGAAAUGCUCCUGUGGCGGAUAUUUAGAAUAGUCGUCCACAGGGUAGGCAACAGCAACCUGCGGACAGUCUUUGAGUUGCUGUCGUCCUGA